UAAUAAACAUCAACGUCAGGUUGUGAGUGCAAAAAAAAAAAAAAAAAAGUUUUAAUCAUUUUCCAGCAGCAACGAGAGUAGCAGCGACCACUCGAACCUUUCUUAAAGUCUUCUUCUCCGAUCCCCUUCGAAUGUGAGCCGCAACAAGCAGCAUCGACGCCGACCAAGCAUCGACGUCCGUAAUUAGAAAAUGAAGAAAGGAGUGCACCCUCAGAUGCAAUGGAUAUCCUAUGUUACCCAGAGUGGCCGAUUGAUGCAUGUUAUGAUGACCAAGAUACACCAAGUUGGUAAAGUUUAUCACUUUAGAGCAAGGCGGCAGAUGGCUCAAAGUGUUGAGAUUGCCAAGUUUAAGCGGCGUUAUGAACAGAAGGAAGAGGGAAAAUGAAGGAAAAGUAACUUCUUUUAAAAUGGUUGGGGUGCACUGUUAGAUUCCUUUAUUUUCAUAUUUGGGAUUAGCCAUUAAAUAAUUUUU